GAGGGGGUUUGUUGUUUAACAGGAAACAGAAUUCGGUUAAAAGGGAACGUAAAAAGCGACCAAACUUUCGUUUUCCUCAAUUUUGAAAUUAAAACAUGAUGAGGGUAAGUUCUAGGCAAAAAUGCAAUGGCGAUCUAUAGUAAUUGGGCUGCUCCUGUUGAGACUGGCACUCAAUUGUAUCUUGUGGUUCACAUUCGGAUUGGGUUUUUAUCAGAACUUCCAUUCUCAAAAAGUGGACCUUUACGUCGAUGACGAGAAAGUCGCUUUUGAAAAACCUUCGUGGCUGAAUAAUAACCCACAGAAUGGGGACAGCAAGACCUGGUCGAAAAACUCUUACCUUAAUUACUUUGAAGACGGAAAAGACGAGUACGCCCAAAAAUACAACUCUUUCCCGGAUAACCUGAAGGUAAAAAUGAAGGACAUGGCGAAAGAAAUGUUUUAUUUUGGAUAUGACAACUACAUGAAAUACGCUUUUCCAGAAGAUGAACUGAACCCGAUUGACUGUGAAGGACGGGGACCCGAUGUGUUAAAUCCGUCAAACAUCAACAUUAAUGAUGUGUUGGGGAACUAUUCGUUGACUCUGAUUGACAUACUGGACACGCUGGUGGUGAUGGGGAAUGUCUCGGAGUUCCAUAAAGCUGUCAAGUUGGUGAUUGAGACGGUCUCCUUUGACAAAGACUCGACUGUGCAAGUGUUUGAGGCCAAUAUCAGGAUUCUUGGAGGUCUAAUUUCUGCUCAUAUUCUCCUGACUGACUCCAAACAGCCAUUCGGUAACGUGGGGCUGCAGGACUAUGAUAAUGAGCUUUUACACCUGGCUCAUGACCUAGCUGUGAGACUUCUGCCAGCCUUUGAGAAUACCAGUACAGGAAUCCCAUACCCUCGGGUAAACCUAAAGAGAGGAGUCCCCCCGGACAGUAUCAAUGAAACCUGCACUGCCGGAGCUGGGUCGCUGUUGGUGGAGUUUGGGAUCCUCAGUCGCCUGGUCGGGGAUUCAACCUUUGAAUGGGUGGCACGAAGGGCGGUGAAGGCACUCUGGAAACUGCGCAGUAAUGAGACCGGCUUACUAGGUAAUGUGGUGAACAUUCAGACAGGCCAGUGGGUUAGCAAGCAGAGCGGUCUGGGAGCAGGCAUGGAUUCUUUCUAUGAGUAUCUGCUGAAGUCCUACAUCCUUUUCGGAGACAAAGAGGAUCACAAGAUGUUUAAUGCUGCGUACGAGAGUAUUCAGAGCCAUCUCAGGAGAGGGCGAGAAGCCUGCAAUGAAGGAGAAGGUGAUCCACCACUAUAUGUGAAUGUGAACAUGUUUAGUGGACAGAUAAUGAACACAUGGAUAGACUCGCUUCAGGCUUUUUUUCCAGGUCUCCAGGUGUUAAGUGGUGACAUUGAAAAUGCAAUUUGCCUUCAUGCCUUUUAUUACGCUAUUUGGAAACGCUUUGGGGCCCUCCCGGAGAGAUAUAACUGGCAGCUCCAGGCACCUGAUGUCCAGUUUUAUCCACUGAGACCUGAGCUGGUGGAAUCCACAUAUGUUCUUUACCAGGCCACCAAGAACCCUUUCUAUCUCCAUGUAGGAAUGCAUAUUCUCCAGAGCCUUGAAAAGUAUACCAAAGUCAGAUGCGGGUAUGCCACUCUGCAUCAUGUUGUGGACAAGUCAAAGGAAGACAGGAUGGAGAGUUUCUUUCUCAGCGAGACGUGUAAAUAUUUGUUUCUGCUGUUUGAUGAAGAUAACCCUUUGCACAAAUCUGAGAAUAAAUACAUUUUCACGACUGAGGGACAUGUUGUGCCAAUAGACAAGCGGUUCCGAGAAAAGGUUUGGAAGGAUGAAGGGGUUGUUGCCAAUACAGAAAAGCCUGAAGUCAGGCCAGCCAAUACCAGCACCAAUUGCAACAGGAUUCCUGAUGAGAGAAGGUACGCUUUGCCUUUGAAAAGUGUUUACAUGAGGCAGAUAGAUCACAUGGUUGGGCUGCUGUGAACACGAACUCUGCAGGAAUCAGGGGCUCAUGCCUCCCACAUGCAAACUGUGAAGAGGAGCAGGAUGAUGCUUAUUUACCAAUACUCAUUGCUGUAGAAGGGCAGUGCCGGUCCCAGGCAGUUACGGAUGGUGGCAAUCUCCCCUGCAUUGAUUUAAAAUAUAAAUAUAUUGAUUCAAAUUAA